UGCCUUAGGAGACUUUGGCUCCACGGAUCCGAAAUGGAAACAGCAGGGAGGGUCCAGGAGCUUCAGUGACAAUAAAAAUGGAAGUGCAUGAACUACCAGGACCUGGGCCAGGCGAGAGAUUGGAUGCAGGAGGAGGCAAACCCCACAUCCCCCAAAUGGGUGCUACCAGAGAGUUUCUGACUGGGGCUGCUCCACAGCCCAUUAAGCAAGAACCAAAUGAGCAGGGCUGGGAAGGCCAGUGGCCAGGAUUCAUGGAGACCAUGCUGGCCCCUCAGUCCCAGAGGAAAACUCUACAGCUGCUUGAGCCCACCUCAGGAGAGGGCGCUGAGGGAUUCCAGGUCUCCUUUGAAGGAGCUGAUGGCAGCCUGGAGCACAGAGGAGGGGACAUGUCUAGCACCCUGCUAGGCCUCAGCCGAGAGAGCCUGGAUUCUUCAGUGAAAGUGAAGGAAGAGAUUCUGGAGGAGGAGGACACUGUCAGUAGCUACUUCAAGGAAUUCACUGGCCAAAGAGCCAAGGAGACCCCAGAGAUGCCACCAGGAUCUGUUGAAGACGUGGCAGCUGAUUACCCCAAGUUAAUCUCAAAUCCUGUGAAGGGCCAAAUUCCUCUGGAAGUCAAGCAGGAGGGUUGCAAAGAGGCCAGCUUGCUGGUAGGCCAAGAGUGGGAGAGCGUAAAGGAGGCUUUUCCACUUAAGCAAAUUGACACCAGUGGAAUAUCGUUGGAAAAAGCUAAAGGGGUGUUUUUCCUGGGUGGUGAGGUGGACGAGUUGCCUGCAGUUCAAGAAUCCAAGCAGGAAUACCAUCAGUGGACAAUGCCAGGAAGUUUCCAAGAUAAAUUCUUGAGGCAUGAGGCAAUACAGAUGGACUCAGAGUGUGGAAAGAACUUCUGUCAGGAUGUUGACCUAACUAAGAAUCAGAAAAUGCUGUAUACAUGCACAUUCUGUGGGAAAAUUGCUAACAGGAGAGCAGAUCUUCUUGUUCACGAGAGAACCCACACUGGAGAAAAACCAUACGAAUGCUCCGAGUGUGGGAAAAGCUUCAAUACCACGUCUUACCUCACAAAACACAAAAGAAUACACACGGGAGAGAAACCAUAUACAUGUUCAGAGUGCGGGCAAAGCUUCUGUCAGAAAGGGAAUCUGGUUUCACAUGUCAGAAUCCACACGGGGGAGAAACCAUAUAAGUGUGGGGAAUGUGGACAAAGCUUCAGUCAAAGGAAAAUCCUUGGUAAACACCAGAGGAUCCACACAGGAGAGAAACCAUAUAAGUGUUUAGAAUGUGGGCAAAGCUUCAGUCAGGCAUCACAUCUCCUUACGCACAGAAGGACCCACACAGGAGAAAAACCUCAUAAAUGCUCAGACUGUGGGAAAAGCUUUAAUCAGAAAGGAGACCUUGUUAUCCACAAGAGAAAGCACACUGGGCAAAAGCCAUAUGAAUGCUCUGAGUGUGGGAAAAGCUUUAGAACAGGCUAUCAGUUCAUAAACCAUAAAAGGCUACAUACAGGGGAGAAACCCUAUACUUGCUCAGAAUGUGGACAGAGCUUUAAUUGGAAGUCAAACCUUAUUACACACAGGAGAAUCCAUACUGGUGAGAAGCCAUAUGUAUGCUCCAUCUGUAGGAAAAGUUUCAGCGAUAAAUCCUCCCUCACUAAACACCUGAGAACCCAUACAGGGGAGAAGCCCUACAAAUGCUCUGAUUGUGCGCAAAGUUUCAAUUUGAAAUCAAACCUUAUCACACACCAGAGAACCCAUACUGGAGAGAAACCGUAUUCGUGCCCAGAGUGUGGGAAAAGCUUAAGUCACAGAUCCUCCCUUACGAAGCACAUGAGGACCCACACAGGAGAAAAGCCUUAUGAGUGUUACGGAUGCGGGAAAAGCUUUAUUUCUAGCUCUGACUGUAAGAAACACGAAAGGGUACACACACGAGAGAAACCAUACAAACGCGGGAGGAAAUGUCCACUAUUUCCUCUGUUUCCGUAACAGAAAAUCUACAUGUGAACCUUUCGGAUGUCUGUGAAGAAGAGUUUGGAGUGAAAGCUUCAUAAAUUUAGACUGUGUGAAUAGUUUACGCUGGAGAUCAAUGGCUACUAGAUUA